AUGAAUGAUGAGUCAAAUCUGAAUCCAGUUGUAAGUAAAGAAGAUGUUCUGUUAGGACAACAUUCUCCAUUCAUAAUUGCCAUGAGACUAAACAUGCCUGGCUUUAUUUUUGCAUUAAUUCAUGCAUUUCAAGAUUCGGUCGACUUGUAUUUCAUUAAAAAAGGCUACGGAACAAAUGGAAUUACUGUAGUUAGUAUAACUGGAAUCAUACGCAUGCUUGUUGCUAGCUUUAGUAGUUGCGAAUUCCAAGGUAUCACAAAAAAGUUUAGUGAACUCUUUGCAAAGCAUGAUAAACAAGCUAUAAACGAGUUAUUUGUAGAAGUGUUCAGAUUCAAUUUGAUAUAUGCUGCUUUUAUGACAACAAUAAUUUUAUCAAUCACAAAACCAUUAAUUUCGAAGAUGGGAAUACCAGAUUCGUUACUAGAUGAUGGAAGAAGUUACCUGUUACCUAUUUCUUUUCUUCCUCUUUUUGUUUCUACUUUGCAUUUAUGUACUGGAGUUUUAUUAGCUUCAGGUCGAUCAAUUGUAUCAUAUAUAAUGCUCUUAAUGGUUAUGACUAUAUCUCUUUCAUCAGAUCCCCUUCUAAUUUACGCAUUUCAACUUGAUCUCAAGUGGAUUGGCUUUGCCUUUGCUUCUGGGCCAAGCAUUGUAUCUACAGUCUUAUUCAUUCUCUUUAUAUCGCACGCUUUCUCGAUGGUUACUCCAAAAUGGUCGGCUUUUCUCCGAAAACCUUCUUCGCAUUUUUGGUCGUUAAUCAAAUUGAUGCUUCCUUCGCUUAAUACCACAGCAUUUGGAUGUUUGUCGCCAAUACUCUUCUCAAUGCUGCUCAAAAGAAGUACUUUGGACACAGGAAAUUCUGCAAAAAUUUGUUCUGUUUACUCUACAACAAUGAAAGUGUUCCAGAUCAUGGUCGUAUGCAUAAACAAUGGCUUGGCUGGGUUGAUUCCUUCAGCUACUUAUGCUUUACACAAAAAGAAUACAAAUCGUGCAAUAGAAGUUGUUGCUUGGAGUUUAUUGUUACCAUUAAUAGCUGUAGUAACAAUAUCAUUGAUAAUGGUCAUUUCUCCGUAUACAAUUAUGAAGAUUUGGAUAAAUGACGAAUUAAUGGUUUCAUAUGUUCCAAAAAUAUCCAGAAUUCCAUUCUAUACAUCACUGCUAGAGCCAUUUAUUCAGAUGUUCAUUGCUUUAGCAAUUGUUUUUAACAGAGGAGUUUUGGCAUCGAUUUGUCCUUUAGUUAAAGUAUCUGCACUCAUUGGAUCUGCAGCAUUGUUCUCUAAAUACUCCAAAUCAAAUCCACUUUUGAUUCUUCAUUCUUACAACAUUCAAGAUCUUCUUAAUUUUCUUUGUAGCUUAACUGUUUUUGUUAUUUCUCUCAGAAGAUACAGAAUUAUGUAUAAAUUAGAGGAUAACAACCUCAUACAAGAAAUGAUAUAA